AUGAUGAGUAGUCUUGGCUUCACACAAACUGUCAUGUCUGCCACUCAUAAAAGAGGCCACAUACUCGACCCGGUGUUCCAACUUGAACUUAAAAGCCCUGCUGUAAAAGUAAACCCAGUAGUAUGGUCAGAUCAUCAAUGUCUAAACUUCUCCAUCUCCUCAGAGCUAGCCAAACUUCUUCCUCCAAGGCUAGCAAAAUGCCGCUCAUUAAAGGGUUUGACUUCACCAAUCUUUUUAUUAAACCUCGACCUAACAGAAUUACUGGGCACCUGCAAAGACCCUAACUUAUUAGUCCAACAGUAUGAUAAGAGGGUGAGCGAUACCUUGAGCAGCCUUGCUCUGCUUCGCAUUGAACCUAUAAAAACCAUCUGCCAUGGUGUUAAGAGUUACUCACGGGAGACUGGAUAUGAGAUUGACUGUAGCAUAUACACUAUAAAUCCAGAACUGGGUGGUGUGGCAUGCAAUAGACUGUUCAAACCAUUGUGCGGAACCGAUGGACACACCUAUAACAACGAAUGCCUUCUGUGUGAUAGUAAAUUGAAACUUAAGAUGUUUAUUGGCAUCAAACAUAAAGGAUCCUGUGAUAUUCAGGGGAAAAAACUUGAUUGUGAAGCAUACCGUGAUAGAAACUUCUGCACCAUGGAAUAUUCUCCCCAUUGUGGAUCAGAUGGGUUUUCCUAUGGCAACAAGUGUUCAUAUUGCAAUGCACAAAACAAUAAUCCCGAUUUGACUCUUCUCUUUACGGAGCAUUGUUACUACAACAGAGGAUGAAUAACAUGAACCAAAAUCUGUUAUUGAAACUCAAAUGGCCUUUACUAAUCACCUAUGCAAAUAAAAAAUGAGAUAUCUGUC